UAACAGGGUUCGAUACUGAAAUCUGUUUUAAACAUGGGCAAUUUGGUAUUUUAUUUCAAUUCAGGGGACUUGUUCGUUAAUAGAAAAAGGUAAAAGAUUCUUCAUUUUAACAAAGGAAACAAUUACCCUUUUCAGUUUUCACUAGGUUUUCUAUAAGACGGUGAUUUUGAAGACCUAAAUUUUAGCUUAGUAAACACGGUAUCGUUGCUAUGGACACCGCCAAAGUAGAAGAACCGCAGGAAACGAAGAAGACGACUCUUACAGCUCAAACUCCAUUAUCUAUGUCGAUUUCAUCACUUCCAGAUGAAAUCGUUUUAAGUUUCUUAGCCCGGAUCUCUAAAUCUUACUACCGUUCCCUCUCUUUAGUCUCCAAGAGCUUUUACGCUCUUCUCUCUUCUACAGAGAUCUACGCGGCCCGACCCCACAUCGGAGCCACAGAGCCUCGCCUCUACGUGUGCCUGUGGUUACUCAACAAGCAUCGCUGGUUCACUCUUCUGAAUCCCGAUCAAACCCUAAUCACCAACGGUGGUGAGAUUGAGGGUGAAUUAAGUUUAGUACCGGUAAGGCUCUCUUCCUCCAAUCCUCCCGCUCGGUUAAAGUCAACCACUGUAGCUGUCGGUUCCGAAAUCUACCAAAUCGGCGGAACCGUCAACGGCAAGCGAUCCAAAGCCGUUGGUGUGCUUGAUUGUCGAAGUCAUACAUGGCGACGUGCUCCUAACAUGAGAGUGUCAAGGGUAGGCGCCAAGUCUUGUUUUUUAGACGGACAUAUAUAUGUAAUAGGAGGAUGCAGAAAGAGUGAGGAAGAAUCCAAGAAUUGGGGUGAGGUUUUCGACCUAAAGACUCAGACUUGGAAUCCAUUGCCUAGCCCUAGUGAUAAUUAUGCCGUGGAUUCGAAUCACAAAGUUGCAGUUUUUGGAGAAAGGCUAUACGUAAUCACCAAGCAUAACAACUAUGCAUAUGCUCCGAAUGAAGUAAGAUGGCUACCAGACGUGGGGUCUGUGGAUCUACAACCCAUAACUGGACCUUGGUGCGGCGGUAUAGAAAAAGUUAUGAAACCUAUAACUGGACGACCUUGGUGCGUUAUAGGAAAUGUAAUGUUUACUGAUGAGUGCAGGAAGUACAGGUGGUAUAGCUCAAGUCAUGGAGCGUGGCUAAGAGUUGAAGGUUUGCAUGAUCUAUACGCUAAGCGUCGUUUUGAGUACCGUACGAUUCAGUUAGUUAACUAUGGUGGGAAACUGUUAAUUAUAUGGGACGAGUGGGUCAUGAUCCUAGACAGGAAUUACCUUAUUCGCAGCCAAGACAAGCAAAUUUGGUGUGCUGUGAUUAGGUUGGAGGAGCGUAUGUCUUAUUUGGGACCCCAGAUUUGGGGGCAGGUUGAGAGCUGCAAUGUUGUUGUGCCUAGCGUCCCCAAGUCUUAUAAGCUCUCAAGCUGCCAAUGUGUUUCGGUCUGAAACUCAUCUUUGCUUUCAACAUAUUAUUUGGGGUUUAGUUGUCUAGUAGGAUGCGAUUGUUCACUCUAGUUCUUUGUUUUGUUUUUUUUGCUCUUUCCUUUAAUUCAGAGACAAGCUAGCAAGCUGUUUUGUCAGAUUUUUCUUUUUAUUUAAUUUAUGCUGUUUUUUUUCUU